AUGGGUGAAAAAGACAGCACCUGGAAAGAAACUCAAGUACAUCUACACCACCCACGCACAUGGGAUCAUUUCUUCGGCAAUCCAAUCAUCCUCAAGGACUUUCCGGAAGCCAAAUCUGUCGCAAACUCUUUUGUGUCCGACGGAAUCAAGGAAGCAUUGACAGAAGACAAUAUUGCUACCUGGAAAGGGAUGUUCCCCGACCAGUUACCGGACGGCCAGAUUGUGCAUGAAGCUCUUCCGGCCAACGGCGAGUUUGCCAUUGACGGCCAUAGCCUCUUUGGUAUUGACGUCGUUUUCUCGGACACCCAAAAUUCCUCCUUCUUACAUGUGCCUAGCCUUGAUCUUGUGGUCUCCGGUGAUAUUGUUUACGGGGAAUGCUUCCAACAUCUCGGUGAAGCCAAUACUCCGGAAAAAGAAAGCAUUGGCUUGAUGCAUUGGACCAAAUUGCGGCGCUUCAGCCGAGUAUCGUUGUCCCGGGAGUAUAUCCACGCAUUUGAAGAAGAAGUAAAGAAGUGGAAAGAUGCGGACAAGGUCGAGGAUGCUAUGAAGAAGCGCUAUCCGCAGAGGUGGAAUGAGUUCAUUUUAAGCAACAGCUGCAAGAACUCCGUUGCACAGUUAAUGGAAGCCGAGAAGAAAUUCUCAAUCUGA